CCUAGGGCUGUCUGACGUCAGGGGGUGGGGACCGCGCCAUGAAUGGGGGCAACAUGUCGGCGUCUCACCUUUUCCGCGCCGGGAUGCCGCAGAGUCGGUUCUUCAGCCAGUGCGAUCCGGAGCUUCGGUCCCCGGGAAAGCGGUGGCUGGUGGCUGGCCUGGGGAACCCGGGACUGCCCGGCACGCGACACAGCGUGGGCAUGGCGGUGCUGGGGCAGCUGGCGCGGCGGCUGGGAGUGGCGGAGAGCUGGGCUCGCGACUCGCGCUGCGCCGCAGACCUCGCCUUGGCCGCUCUCGGGGAUGCUCAGCUGGUCCUACUCCGACCUCGGAGGCUCAUGAACGUCAACGGGCGCAGCGUGGCUAGGGCCGCGGAGCUGUUCGGGCUGACUGCAGAGGAGGUCUACCUGGUCCACGAUGAGCUGGACAAACCCCUGGGGAAGCUGGCUCUGAAGCUGGGGGGCAGUGCCAGGGGCCACAACGGAGUCCGGUCCUGCAUUAGCUGUCUCAACUCUAGUGCAAUGCCAAGGCUGCGGGUGGGCAUCGGUCGACCGACACACCCUAGUGCCAUCCAGGCCUACGUCCUGAGCUGCUUCUCGCCUGAGGAGCAGGUGCUGUUGCCCCCAUUGCUGGAUAGGGCCACUGACCUGCUCCUGGACCACAUUCGUGCUAGAAGCCAGGGGCCAUCAUCGGGCCCCUGACACCAGUGGACACAUCCACCUGUUUGCUUGCUGGUACCCUCAAGCCCAGAAACAGACAGCGCAGGACACAUGUGAUACCCACAGUUUAUAUAACUUCUCUGGGUUGCCCCAGGCCACUUGCAGAAUGGAGAAUGGACUGUGGCCAGAACACUCCAUUUCUGGAGUAGGUAUUGGUUUUCUCUCCGUGCUACUUGCGGCGUAGGAAAGGUCUAGGAAGACUAAACUUCCUGAACCUUUUGAGAGUGCAGGAUGGGUAGAUCUGCAAGAUUAAAGAUGCCAUUGUGAAAUCUGA